AUGCCAGUGUCCCCAGAAACCAUCCGAGAAGAGCGUGCCAUGUCGAGCAAGCUAAAGCUCCUUCGCGCCGCAAACCUUCUAUCUUUCUUGUUUGUUUUUAUUGCCAAUGUCAUUGCCCUUGCCCGUGAUCCUUCUUCUGCUGAUAUCCACAAAAAACAUAUGACAUACUUUUCCCCUUCCCUGAUUUUUGUUGGAAUCUUUUGGAUUUUGCUUAGUGCUUUAUUUUUUAUUUUUGUAGUUUGGGUACAGUUUAGUGACUACUCUAAUAUGAAACGACUUGUGACCCAAGGAAUAGGUGGCCUAUUUGUUUUAAGCAACAUACUAGAGAUCGGAUGGCUAGUGUUUUGGAUGCUAAAACAAUUUGUUAUUAGCGAGGUUUUCAUAAUUCUUAACCUAUUGGUCAUAUCCAAGAUCCACCAUAAUCUUGUUGUUCAAUUUCCACCUUUUUCGUUUCCUUCCUCUCAAGUCUCCAAGGUUGCUUAUUUCGUACACACACCGUUCGCUAUGUUACUAGGAAUGACUUUUCUAGACUUUUUCCAUAAUGGAUUCGUUGCGUUUACCGCUAACAAAGAAACAGAAAUAAUAUUAGCUAUUAUUUCUGCUUGGCUCCUUGCAAUUCUUGGCUUUGCUUGGUGUGUUACUGGCAUUUUUAGUGGUGGAAGAAGAGAUGGUGUCUUCAGCGCAACCAUUGCCUGGUGUUUAAUUUCUAUUGCGGUACAACAACGUAUGGUGGAAGGUUAUCAGAUUCGCUCAGGUCUACACGCAAUGCGUCCAGAGAACAAAGACCACUAUUGGGAGAAGGAAGCUGUAAAAUCUUUGAUAGAAACACGAGUUUCUUUUUCUAUCAACAUCUCAAUGGCCCAAGUCCCACUAGUACCCUGCAAGUAUAAAACAGGCAGAACUCUCGGGCAAGGCACUUAUGCCGUAGUCAAAGAGGCUCAACAUGUCGAGACUGGGAAAUUUUAUGCUGUAAAAGUUAUCAACAAAAAGUUGAUGCAGGGAAGAGAACAUAUGGUUCGUAAUGAGAUUCAGGUUUUGAAAAAAAUAUCUGAGGGCCAUAAAAACAUUUUGACCUUGCGAGAAUAUUUUGAGACUCUAAAUAAUCGCAAUUAUUAUGAACGCGAUGCCGCUAAUCUUAUUAAAAGUAUAACAGAAGCCGUUUCUUAUCUUCACAGUAAUGGAAUUGUUCAUCGCGAUCUUAAGCCGGAAAAUCUUCUCUUUACAACGGCUGACGAAAAUUCCGAUUUACUUAUUGCCGAUUUCGGUCUUUCUCGAAUUAUUGAUUCUGAAAAGUUUCAUGUUCUUACUACAACUUGCGGCACUCCUGGUUACAUGGCACCCGAAAUUUUUAAAAAGUCAGGUCAUGGAAAACCAGUCGAUCUAUGGGCAAUUGGUGUGAUUACGUACUUUUUAUUAUGUGGUUAUCCGCCAUUUGAACGAGAGGAUAGUUAUGAAGAAAUGCAAGCUAUCCUUCGGGGUGAUUAUAAAUUUGAACCUCCAGAAUAUUGGGAAGGAAUAACUGACUGCGCUAAAAGGUUUAUAGACAGUUUGUUGGUUGUUGAUCCGGAUAAACGCCUUACCGCCGAACAGGCUCUUGAACAUCCAUGGCUCAGAGAACCUCUACCGAGUCCAAUUGGUGUACCAGGUGACUUCGAUUUGUUGAAUAGCGUUCGUACAAAUUUUAACGCCCGUAAAACAUUCAAGAAGGCUAUCGACACAGUCAAAGCGAUCAACCACCUUAGAACUCAUUCGAGAAACCACAGCUUGGCUAAUUUGUUAGAAACGUCCAAAAAGGAAGCGGACGAAGAUGUUGCCAAUGUAUUAUAUGUCGAGCAAUAG